ACGGUUCUGGACCAUCAGAACCGCUGUCAGCAGAAGAAAAGCCCGUUUGGAUCAGAGCAGCAGGAGUUUAGCUCCGUUCUGGAAGCUCUGAAGGCUUCUAGAAGGUCAGUGGACCAUCUGGACCCGUUGGGUUUGGUCUGCAGAACCUGGAAGUUCUGGUUGGAGUGGACCGACUCCAGCUGCUGCUGAACAUGUACUGGUUCUGGAUCCGACCCGUUUGCUGAAUCAGAACUUUCAGUAAAAUAUUAGAGCUUCAGCUUUUAUUAACUCUGAUGUUUGUCUCCCUGUUCCAGGCGUUUGGACCUUCAGAACCAGUGAGACCCAGGAGAACCUGAUGUUCUGAUUGCUUCUGGACCUCCUCGUUUCUUCUUGGACCUUCUCUGCUGCUUCAUCAGAACCGCUGCUGGUUCUGCUGUGGACCCACGACUCUCUGAAGCUGCUGUGCUGUUCUGGACCCGGUUCUGGCUGCAGGAUGGCGGUUCUGUCCAGUUUGGCCGUGAUGGUUGCUGCUGUCCUGCUGGUUCUAAGAACCGACGCUGCAGGUCAGAACCCGGACCACGUUCUGCAGGGUACCGGUGUGAAUCCUGAGGCCCGGCGUCCCGGAGAGGACUCCACCAUCGCCCCCGAGGAUCUGCCUCGGUUCCUCAGCUGCUUCUGCUCUGGACACUGUCCUGACGACGCCACCAACAACACCUGCCAGACCAACGGUCAGUGCUUCGCCAUCAUCGAGGAAGACGAGCAUGGAGAAGUUCAGCUCACCUCCGGCUGCAUGAAGUACGAAGGCUCCCACUUCCAGUGCAAGGACUCUCCCAACGCUCAGACCAGGAGGACCAUCGAGUGCUGCAACACAAACUUCUGUAACGAGGACCUGAGGCCCACGCUGCCGCCUGAGCUUCCCAUGGAGAGCAGCUCUCAUUGGUUGGCCUUCAUCAUCUCCAUGACGGUGUGCUGCUGCACCCUGAUCUGCCUCACCAUCGUCUUCUACUACAGGUACAAGUGGCAGACGGAGCGGGAUCGUUUUCCCAAAGACUUGGAGCAGGAGGUCUUCAUCCGAGGAGGAGAGUCCCUCAAAGAUCUCAUCCACCAGUCCCAGAGCUCCGGCAGUGGCUCAGGGCUCCCCCUGCUGGUCCAGCGAACCAUCGCCAAGCAGAUCCAGAUGGUUCGUCAGAUCGGGAAGGGCCGCUACGGCGAGGUGUGGCUCGGCCGCUGGAGAGGAGAGAAGGUGGCCGUCAAAGUGUUCUUCACCCGCGAGGAGGCCAGCUGGUUCAGGGAGACCGAGAUCUACCAGACGGUCCUGAUGAGACACGAGAACAUCCUCGGUUUCAUCGCAGCAGACAUCAAGGGUUCUGGUGCCUUCACGCAGCUCUUCCUCAUCACAGACUACCAUGAGAACGGUUCUCUGUAUGACUACCUGAAGGUGAACACGCUGGAUCCUCCGGCGCUGCUCAGACUGGCCUACUCCGCCGCCUGCGGCCUCUGCCAUCUGCACACGGAGAUCUACGGCACGCAGGGCAAGCCCGCCAUCGCCCACCGAGACCUGAAGAGCAAGAACAUCCUGGUGAAGAAGAACGGCACCUGCUGCAUCGCCGACCUGGGCCUUGCUGUCAAGUUUAACAGCGACACCAGCGAGGUGGACAUCCCUCUGAGUACCCGGGUCGGGACGAGCCGCUACAUGGCCCCGGAGGUCCUGGACGAGAGCCUCAACAAGAACCACUUCCAGGCCUACAUCAUGGCCGACAUGUACAGCUACGGCCUGGUGGUCUGGGAGAUGACCAGACGCUGCGUCACCGGAGGUAUGGUGGAGGACUACCAGCUGCCAUAUUUCAACAUGGUGACCUCAGAUCCCUCCUAUGAAGACAUGCUGGAGGUGGUUUGUGUUAAAGGACUUCGACCCACGGUGUCCAACCGCUGGAACAGUGACGAGUGCCUUCGAGCCAUGCUGAAGCUGAUGUCAGAGUGCUGGGCCCACAACCCCGCCUCCCGCCUCACCAUCCUCAGAGUGAAGAAGACGCUGGCCAAGAUGGUGGAGUCCCAGGACAUGAAGAUCUGAAGAACCUCCUCCUCAACCUCCUCCUUCCUCUGCUGCAUCCAGAUUAACCCGAUUCAACCUGGACUGGAUCAGACCGGACCGGACCGCUGCUCCCAGGCUGCCUCCUUCAUGUGGAGGAGGAAGAGGAGGAGGAACUGGGAGUUUAAGGAGCUUCCUCAGAGCUGAACUGACCUCCUCCUCCUCCUCCUGGUUCUUCAUCCAGACUGAGACAGCCGGGCUCGACGCUUUCUGUGAAAGCCGGAAAAGACGAUAAAAAUCCUGAACUGAGACGAGAUGAACGGAGAAAAGCCGCCAGAUGAGUUCUUCUCUGUUUCCUCUUCAGGACUGAGUUCUGCUGCCAUAAAGGAAAAUAUCUGCAUCUUCCAGCAGCUUCUUUCUGAACUAAAUCAGCUCCUCUGAUGACCUGAGAACUGAAACCUGGAAAUAAAUGUUUCUGUUAGAAGCUGAGCUUCACCUGAGAGCUCUGUGGAGUCCAGGAGAACAUCUGCCGUCCUCUUUCUGUCUGUCCACUUCCUGUCUGUCAGGUCAGGUGGUAUCUGUAGGGGCGGGGCUACAGAUGAAGCUCCGCCCAUAAUAAGAUCAAAGCAGGAAGUGACAGGAGAACCAUCAGAGCAAAGAAUCCUGCAAGUCAGCGUCUCAAAGUCUGAAAGCUUGAACUGAGCAGAACUUCAGAGAACCUGCUGCCUGGAACCAGCUGCUCCUCUCUGAUGGUUCUUUGUUGAAUUUAUGUGGUCACAUGACCUGCGUCCUCACUGGGACCUCUGGCCUACAGCUGGACCACCACAGAACCUGGAGCUCUAAAGAACCCUUCAGGAACCCUUUAGUCUGGUUCUGAACCAGAACCGACCCGUUUAGCAGAUAAAAUCCACCUUCUAAACACUCCAGAAGUCUUCAGCUUGAUGUUCUGAUCAGAGAUCAAAGUGGUUCUGUUCUGCUGCAGCUCUGCUAACAGUUUCCCUCCACUUCCAGUCUUUGUGCUAAGCUACGCUAACAGCUCCCUGAAGCUGAAAAUGUGGGACUGUCCCUUUAAGAGCAGCAGCAGGUAGCCACGUGCACGUUCACAUGUUUCCUGUGUAAAAAUAAAAGAUCAGAACAGGAAAAAGUUCUGAUGUGAAAUGUUCCAUGUGGUUCUGUUGUUGGUGUCGUUUCUACAGAUUCUGUUUUGGUGCCACAGGAGAAAAUCUGAUCAUCAGUCUGUCCAAGUCAGCAGUUUGAAAGUAAAGAAACUUCUUUUAGUCA